CAAUAACAGACACUCUCCCUCCACAAACAUGAAAUGACUGUGCUCGUUCACAUCCUCACAUUCUCUACACCCCAAAUACUCCCACAAAGAUCAUUACGUUAGGCCGUUCAAACCGCAUCAGAUGCCGUCACUGGCGUCAGGAUCUUCUAAAAAAACAACACACUAUGCCAGUGUUCGCACCACAGGCAACAGUGUCAAAACCCCAAAAACAACGCCGCCAUCGCACCUCUACAGUAGUAAAACCACGUCAACUCAAAGCAUGGUCGGCUUCUGAGCUUAACAUCCACGCACCCUCAUCAUCCAUGUCGCUACCACCAUCCCUCCCCACACUACGACUCCCGAUACCUGAGUCCCUCGCAGUUACGAUCGAAGUAGAAGGGACCCCAGAGAGGAACGGGAUCGUCCUAACAUGGAUAGUGGAAGAGCGCCCGGUGUGCCAUAUCGAGCGAGGAUUGCCCAUCGUCCUCAUGGCCGGAGAUCUACGGACCGGAGUUGGCCGAGUAGAUAACGCGACAGACAUCCAACGUCACUGGAUCACGUGGAUCCUCACGGGAAGUCCUGCGGCGUGUGCUAUCCGGGUCCCGACAUCAUGGUCCAGACUCACGCGCGAUGAAGUCCGAAUCCACGCUCAUCUAUAUGCCCACCUCCCACACUCCCCACCUCCCCACCGCCUUCUCGCGCACGACCCCGUGAUCUGCAACAGCACCGACAGCCCAUAUCAGUUUGAGUCGGACGAAGAUCUCUCUGAAGCACCGCAGGCAGAAAUACGCGGCGGGACAAUCCCCGAGAACCCCAGCACUGACCAGUGA